AUGUCUAUCAAAAUGCUGCCGCUCGAAAUUCUCGAAACUGUUUUUCAGAAUGCCGAUUCACAAGAUAUCCCAAAAUUUCGAUUUGUUUGUAACACUGUGAGUUUUUUUUUGGGAAUCUGUUGGGAAUGAAAUGUGUUUCUAAAGGACCUUUCCAAAUGUGUUUUUGUAAAAUACGAAAAAUUAUUUUUCAGUUCAACUCGGUGAUCAAACAAAACUACGUAUAUCUUCCACGACAAGCUUAUCUCACAAAAAUAUUUAUGAAAAGUGGCGAGGUUUUUGUGAGCCAUUUGAAAUCUGGAAAUGCAUCUGGUUGCGAACAGGUGCGCAGAAAUUUCAAAGACUUUCAUGUUAGUGACAACUCCAAAACAAAGAAAAUUAUAUUUUUGUAUUUUGAAACUUUUGUCGUUCGAUUUCUUAUCUAUUUUUCCACGAACCCACUCGAUUCGCUUUCAACGAAUAGUCUCUCUCUUUCACUUAUAAAAAAGGUGAAAAACAAGUUAUCAGUGAGAAAAAUAAUCUCGUUUCAUUGAAAUUUGACCCUGCUCUUUCUUUUUCUCUCGAAUAACUUUUACUUUUUUAUUUUGGGAGUGAAAGUAUAUUCUUUGGAAAGUGAUAAAAUGGAGUGAUAUUUUUGUGAUGAGUUAGGCAAAACGUGUUUUUAGAAACUGUUCGAUUUCGAGUUCAAACAUUGGAGAGAAAUUGCGAUUGUUGAUUUGGAAAUUGCUGAUUUCACAAAUUCCGAGUGUAGUAAAGAAGCAUUGCAAACAAUCAUCAACCAAUUAUAUAAAACAAAACAACACGAGCUCAGGUUUUUACACUCUUUCUGGGAAUUAUAAUAUUUUUUCGAUUUUCAGAAAAGUGACCUUCUCCAACAUAAACCUUGAUGAGAAUCAUACUGAAGAAAUCUUGGAACUCAUUCAAAUCGCCUUCCAUCAAUGCGAGGUGAGAAAUGUUUAAAAAAACGGAUAAACGUUUUCACAUUUUUGAGCAUCACUCUGUUUGAUAGUAAUCCUAGGCUCCAAAACUCUAGUUUGUUGUAGUAAAGGAUUAAGUACUACUUUGAAGUUUAUUCGGAUUUCAGCCAUUUUUAAAUAAAUUGUUCUUGUUAAUUCAGAGUUAUCAAUAAUUUCUCUUCCAGAAUGUUCUAAUCCAAAACUGUCAACUUCCAAUUAUCAUCGAUGACAAUUUGAUAGCCUCUUCAUCUUUCGAUCAUUUUCGUUGGGUCACUUCAAACGCCAAAAACCAAUUGCCCAGUGAUAAAAUUCUGCGAAAACUACAACACGAUAUGCGAAAAGCAUUGAAUCAACGCAGUUUUCUGGCCGAAAUGACUAGUGUUGAUGUUGGAAGUGCUUGUAAUUUUAUUGAGGUGAGUAUUUAAUUCACAUGACAUGAUAGUUGUUGAAAAGGAAAGCGGAAAAAAUUGAGAGAGGACAAAAAAUAUGGAAACAUUUGUGUUAUUUAUUAUUCGUUGAUAACGAGAUGAAGCACACGAAAAACGAAAGUUUUUCCUCGAGGUUGAUAAGAGAGCAAAAAAUUCUUCUAUUCUAUGAUUUUGAUAAGUUUUUUGUGGCGGACAGGGGUCAAUGAGAAUGUCAGUGAAAGUGAAAUUGGAAAAAAUGAAACACUGGUGGGAAGGGGACAUCUUUAAAUAAAAAUAUUUCAAAAAAAAUUGUUUGAGCAGUCUGAAUUAUAUAGUGAAAGAAAUACGAAUUGUUAUGAAAACUGUUGUUUUUCAGUGCAGCAAAAUAUUUAGAGAUCAUUCAAUCAUCGUGACCCGAGAUCGUGACCCUAUUCCCAUUUCUCAAAUUUGUUUUCCGCUACUUGUUUUUUUUUUUAAUUUAGAUUUACAUUGUUUCAGGAAUGGCUUCGCCUCCCAAUCGCAUAUUUCUUCAAUUUAUCAUUCCAUGAUUGUGAUGAUAUGUGGAAGACUAGAUUCCUCAACGAAUGUGAAAAAAGAAAAUUGACUCAUAAUUAUAUGGAAUUUCAAUCGAAAACACACGCUGAUGCUCAUGUUAAAGUCAGCUUUUCACAGGUAUAUCAUUCCUUUUGAAAAACUCCAUUUCAUAUAUCUAAGUUUUCAGGAUGCUAGAACUUGUUGCAUCUGGCCAAUACUUGAUGUUCCAGCUCGUACAACUGGUCAAACUGUUUGUUAUGCUAGAUACUUCCGCGAUUUCUAA